AUGCAUAUCUUCAUGCACAUUGAUGGUGUGCAGGCACCUGCAUAUGUGUGUAAGUCAUGUGGUGAGGUAUUGCCCACUGAUGACAGCUUGAAAGAACAUUUGAGAAUGAGUGAGGGUGACCAAGCAUUAUCAGCUGCCAACAGUGAGAAACUUGAAUUCAGUGAUGACCAUGAAAACAUCAUCUCCUUAGAAAGUGUACAAGAAGAAAUCGUGGAACAGACUGAGAAGCAAUCUUCAUCCAAGGAAACCAGGAAAACUUUAAGGAAAUCCUUUAGUGACAUAUGCAAUACACGUACUGUGGCACAAGUUGUAGAGAAACUCAGAUGUGAUGACUAUGGAAUUUUGUGUACAAGUGAUCAUGUUAAUGUCCACACUGUGCUAAGUGCAAAGAGACAUCACAAAUGUGAUGUUUGUGGUAAAUUGUUUACUCAUUCGCGCAAUCUCAAGGUGCAUGAAUUAAUACACACGGGAAAGAGACCCCACGAAUGCGGUGUUUGUGGAAAAGCGUUUACUCAGUCUGGCCAUCUCAAGAAACAUAUUUUAAUACACACAGGAAGGAGACCCCACGAGUGCGAUGUUUGCGGAAAAUCUUUUAUCGAGUCGGGUCAUCUCAAGACCCACAAAUUAAUACACACAGGAAAGAGACCAUACAAAUGUACUGUUUGUGGCAAAUCGUUUAUUAGUUCGGGCAAUCUCAAGGCACAUGAAUUAAUACACACGGGAAAGAGACCCCACGUAUGCCGUGUUUGUGGAAAAUCGUUUACUCAGUCGAACAAUCUCAAGACACAUGAAUUAAUACAUACAGGAAAGAGACCCCACGAAUGUGGUGUUUGUGGAAAAUCGUUUACUCAGUCGGGCAAUCUCAAGACACAUGAAUUAAUACAUACAGGAAAGAGACCAUACAAAUGUACUGUUUGUGGCAAAUCGUUUAUUAGUUCGGGCAAUCUCAAGGCACAUGAAUUAAUACACAUGGGAAAGAGACCCCACAAAUGCCGUGUUUGUGGAAAAUCGUUUACUCAGUCGAGCAGUCUCAAGACACAUGAAUUAAUACAUACAGGAAAGAGACCCCAUAAAUGCGGUGUUUGUGUAAAAUCGUUUACUCGGUCGAGUAGUCUCAAGACACACUAA